UGUGUACUGCUGUGUGUACUACGCGAGAGGAAAAGACAUGAGCAAAACACGGACCUCAGAUACCGUUGUACGAAAUAUUAUGGUCCGGAUGACUCACUCGACGGUGCAUGUGAUAGCCAGUCGUCGGUUUACUUCGUCGUCUUCUUUUACUGAUAAUUUAAUAUUAUAGUUGUUGUUAGACUAUUUACAAAGUUAUUAUUAUUGCCUUAUCUACUUGCCAACGGAUUUUCGGUGUACCCUUACCUUUGAACCAACCAUUAUAUUUUGAAUCCGUUCGGCUUGUAUAAAAUCAUUUGCGCUUUUAUAACAGUUCAUUCGUUCCACAGAUACCAUCGACGGGGCCACGAUGGAAUGCCAAAUUCCAAAACCGCCGGCUACCGACACUGAAGCUACACAAAACAAGACUGAUUCGUUAAGCAUGAAAAAAGAAAACUCUGAAGCGAUCAAAAUAGUGAUCAUAUGGCCAAUCGUACUUUUCUUUAUUGCCGGACACCUGAGUGGCGUGUAUGGUAUUUACCUUAUGUUUACAUCAGCCAAAAUACUUACAACACUUCUCGGAAUUGCCUGUUGGCUAACAUCGGGUAUCGGCGUGACAGCCGGUCUACAUCGCUUAUGGUCUCAUAAAUCGUACAAAGCAAAAUGGCCAUUACGAGUAUUAUUGAUGUUGAUGAGCACUAUGGCGUUUGAAAAUCACAUCUAUGAGUGGUGUAUGGAUCACCGUAUUCACCAUAAGUACACUGACACAAACUCUGAUCCUCAUAACGCCAAGAGAGGGUUUUUCUUUUCGCACGUCGGCUGGUUGGUCGUCAAGAGACAUCCGGAUUAUUACGAAAAGUGUAAACAAAUCGAUAUGAAUGAUUUGGAAAAAGAUUUCAUCGUCAUGUUCCAGAAAAUGUUUUAUGUUCCUUUAUUAUUAUUAAUUUGCUUUUACCUGCCGACUGCAAUACCAGUUUAUUUUUGGAACGAGACGUGGACGAAUGCGUUUUUCGUACCUACAAUGUUGCGCUACGUGUUCACGCUCAACAUGACAUGGCUGGUGAAUAGUGCUGCUCAUAUCUGGGGAAAUCGUCCAUACGACGCUACCAUCAGUCCGUCAGAAACUUUAUCAGUAUCGCUUGGAGCACUGGGCGAAGGCUGGCAUAAUUACCAUCACACAUUCCCGUGGGAUUACAAAGCGGCCGAACUAGGCAACUACAAAGCAAACCUGACAACAGCAUUUAUAGACUUUUUUGCAUACAUAGGAUGGGCGUACGACUUGAAAACUGUUUCAAAAGAAAUGAUAAUAAAGCGAGUAUGUCGAACCGGAGAUGGUACACACUAUCAUCCCGACGGAGACGGUAUUUGGGGAUGGGACGAUACAAACAUAAGAAGCGAAGAUCGAGAUAUAACGUUAGUAAUCAAUAAGAAAGAUGACUAAACUAAAUGAAAGUGAGCUUUCGAAACGUAUGUCGUAAUUAAUUACGGUUUUGUAUUUAUUGUUAUUACCAUUUGUGAAUUAAUUAACUGUAUUUUAUUGUGUUUAUAUAAUUUAUAGAAAAUCUGUC